AUGGGUGGGACUGGGGCACUGAGCCUCACCCAGAGCAGGGAUGGGGUCCCUGCACCCCCUGCUAUUUUGGGGGGAGGAUCAACAGGCUUUCCCAGCCUUGUGGCCCUUGGGGAGUCUCCCACCCCUCCCCACCCUGACCCCGCUCCCCCUGCAGAGACUCCCACCUUCCUCACCCUGCGGGACACGGGGCUCCCCAGCACAGCCCCCCGCCGGCCCCCCCUGCGCCCCACGGCCUUCUCAGGGUGCCUGAACUGCAGCCGUGUCGGGGAGCUGACGGCCCGGCUCGCCACCCUGGAGGCGCAGGUUGCCCGGCUGGCAGCGGCAGAGCCCCCCACCCCCGCAGCACCCAAGGGCGGCCCCCCGGGCCGGGGGCAGCUCUGGGGGUCCCCGGCGGCCCGCGGGAGCCCCGGCGAUGACGGGAGACCCGGCCCCAGGGGACCCCCCGGCCCCAAGGGCGACGCGGGAGGACGGGGCCCGUCGGGAAUUCCGGGAGUGAAGGGGCCGACGGGGCCGCCAGGUCCCCCCGGCCCCCCGGGACCCCCCGGCCGGGAUGGGGCCAGGGGGCUCCCCGGAGAGAAGGGGCCCCCCGGCCCCCCCGGCCCGCCGGGCCCCCCUGCCCCCGUGGGACCCGCGACCCCCCGCCUGGCCCAGCCCAGGGACCCCCUCCUCUCCAACACCUUCACGGAGCCCACCAGGAGCAUCGUGGGGCCCGUGGGCCCCCCCGGACCCGUGGGACCCGUGGGUCCCCCGGGCCCCACCGGGCCCCCCGGACCCCCCGGACCCCCCGGACCCGAC